CUAUGGCGGAUCUAAAAGCUGAACUGACAUGUCCUAUUUGCUUAGAUAUAUUCAAGGAUCCUGUGACCCUGAGGUGUGGACACAACUUCUGCAGGGGUUGUAUUGGUCGUGCACUGGACACUCAACUGUCAAUGUCUUAUAUGUGUCCUCAGUGCAGGAAGAGAUUCAGAUCAAGACCGGUCCUGAACAAGAACACGAACCUGAACAACAUCGCCGAGCAAUUCUGUUCUGCUCACCCAGGAAAUGGUGACUCCACAGUCCUGUGCAAUUACUGUGACUUUACAUUUCCUGCCAUUAAGACUUGUUUGCAAUGCGAAACCUCCAUGUGUGAGAGACAUCUCCGAAACCAUAACAGGUCGGUGCAACAUACGUUAAUUGACCCGACGACCCUGGAGAACAGAAAAUGUCCCAUACAUAUGAAGAUCCUGGAGUACUACUGCACAGUGGACAAUUCCUGUAUCUGUUUGUCUUGCUCCUUGGCCAAAGAACACCGGAAACACCAGGUUCAAUCAGUGAAUGAGGCCUCCGAGAAUAAGAAGGAGAGACUGAGAAAGUUUCUGGAGACAAUGAACUCUAAGAUGGAGGAGACUGAGAAAAAAGUCCAAAACUUGCAGGAGGACAUGAGAAAAAUCCGAGAAAAAGCUGAUGUUGUCACUCGGAGAGUCCAUGAUCGGUUUCGAGCAAUCAGGAGACAACUUGAAAUUCUCGAGGAAACUCUCAUCAGUGACAUCUUAUCAAGGAAAGAAGAGUCUUUACGUUCUUACACUGAUCACAUCCAGGAGCUAGAGAAAUACAAGGAGGAGCUGCUAAAGAGUAGACGUCACAUGGAGGAGCUGUGUAACAUGACAGAUCCAUUCAGUGUCCUACAAGAAAAGCAGUCUGGUGGCACCAUGGAUGGGGAAAAAAGACGUCAAGAGGUACACAAUGCUGGUGGUCUGGACGUGCACCUGAUCUCAAAGACAUUAAAAAUGGGACUAUAUGACAUAAUGUUAGGCCUGAACAUAUGGUUCUAUAUACAGAAACCUGCAGAAUUAGUUCUGGAUGUGAGCAGCACGUCUCCUAACCUCCAGGUAUCAGAUGACCUGAAGACUGUGACCCAUUCACAAACAAACCAGAAUCUCCCAGAAACAGAGGAAAGAUUUGAGGGCAACCAGGUCUUAAGCACCAUGAGCUUUUCUUCAGGAAGACAUUACUGGGAGGUGCAGACCAGUGACUCUGGUCACUGGGGAGUAGGGGUGUGUUGUCCCAGUAUGGACUGGAGAACGGACCUGUCAAGCCUGGGUUGUAAUAAUAAGUUGUGGUGCCUUUGGAGGCAUGGUGGUAGGCUCGUGGCAGAGCAUGAUGGUCAUUGUAUCUCAUUACCCUGCAGGACUCCUUGUAAUAGUGUGAGAGUCUACCUGGACUACAAUGGCGGCCGCUUGUCCUUUUAUCAACUGAGUGACCCUGUGAGACACCUGUACACGGCCUCGGCCUCCUUCACCGAGCCCCUCCACGCGGUUUUCAUGGUUAAAAACAAUUGGUUGAGAAUCGGGAGUCGGGAGCUAAAGACUUGUUCACAUCUUUACCAGAUCAAGAGUCACUUCCUGAUUGUGAUUAUGGCAUCUGCUGACUUCAAGUACGGCCAGAACUGCUCCAUCUGCCUGAACAUCUACACGGAUCCCGUCAUCCUGAGGUGUGGGCACAGCUUCUGCCAGGGGUGCAUUGAUCGUGAGCUGGACACUCAGCAGGAAUCUGGAGUUUACACCUGUCCUGAAUGCAGGAAGAGGUUUCACCAGAGGCCAGUGUUGCAGAAGAACAUGACUCUGUGCCACACAGCAGAAUGUUCAUCCACGUGCCAUGAAGACCAUGAGGCAUCAGGGAUAUUCUGCACUUAUUGCAUUCAUUCUCCAGUACCUGCUAUUAAAUCCUGCCUACUGUGUGAAGCUUCUCUAUGUGACAGUCAUCUGAAGGUCCACAGCAAAUCCCCUGAACACCUCUUAUCGGAACCCACCACUUCUUUUGGAAAGAGGAAAUGUUCCACACACAAGAAGAUCCUUGAAUACUACUGUUCCAAGGACGCUGUUUGCAUCUGCGUAUCCUGCAUUGCUUUUGGAGAACAUAAAGGACACUAUGUGGAGCCCAUCAAUGCCGCUUUUGAAAAGAAGAGAGACAAACUAAUACAUGUUUUGGAAAAGCUGACCACAAAGAAGAAGAAAACAGAGAAACGAGUCAAGAACUUGCAAAAACGAAGGACAGAUGUGCAAGAAAAAGCAGCUGGGGUGACAAAGCAGGUCAAUGUCCUGUUUAGGGAAAUUCGAGAACAGCUGGAUCUUCUGGAGAAAAGAGUCCUCAGUGAAAUCUCCAACUGGGAAGAACAGGUGUCACACACAGUCUCUAACCUGAUCCUGCAGCUGGAGGUAAAGAAGGACGAGCUGUCCAGAAAGAUGUUUGACGUUGAAGAGCUGUGUCACAUGAGCGAUCCCGUCACUGUAUUACAAGGAAAAGGGUCCUUAAGAGAUGACUUUUAUGACCGUCAGGAAGGAGAUGAUGAAGACAGAGAGAGAGAAGAUAAGAAGGUCCACGAGGCAGGAGAUCUAGAUGAAUGUCUAAUUUCAGCGGCCUUACAUGCUGGAUUGGCUGACAUUAUGACGGGUGUGAAGAGAGGGAUUUAUGUGUCCGAGUCUCUGGAUAUUUUACUAGAUCUAAACACGGCUGGUAAUUAUGUCAUGGUGUCAGGAGAUCUGAAAAGUGUGUCCUGGUCAGAUCUAAAUCAAUGUCGUCUCGAAACCCCAGAGAGAUUUCAGUAUUGUCAGGUAUUAAGCACCCGGAACUUUUCCUCAGGGCGACAUUACUGGGAGGUGGAGACCAGCGAGUCAGGAGACUGGAUGAUCGGGGUGUGUUACCCCAGUAUAGACAGGAAAGGCGUCCAGUCCUAUAUUGGAAACAACAACAAGUCCUGGGGUUUAUGUAAAUUUAAUAAUGAGUAUUCGGCCAUACAUUCCAGCGACGUCAGCCAGAUAUCUCACUACGUCUCCUCCCAGAGUUUCAGGAUAUAUCUGGAUUAUGAGGCUGGACAGUUAUCCUUUUACGAGUUACAAGGACCCAUUCGACACCUGCACACCUUCUCUGCUAUCUUCACUGAACCCCUCCAUGCUGUGUUUUAUGUUUGGGGUGACUGGGUAAGAGUUAAGAGCUAGAGUAUUUACUGGUGGCUCCAUAUGGUCCUGUAUAUCCUAUAUAUGUCAAGUGUGAGAUUUCUGAAAAUUAUGUAUAGUUAUUUAUGAAAACUAAGGCAAAACAUAAGAGAAGUUGAAUAUUUGCCAAAUAAGGCCUCUUGUGUUGACCUAGAAGACGGUAGAUUAGUUUUAUCAACAGAUAUCAUAGCUCCUGGCCAAUAUGGCCUCCUACAUUGAUAUAGGAGAGGAAGGAUGGAUUGGUUUCAUUAUUUGGAGCAUAGUGCCUGGUUAAUAUGGCCUCCUUACAUCGAUAUAGGAGAGGAUGGAUUGGUUCCAUCACUCAGAGCCACCACCAGAUAGAAUAGUACCCGACCAAUAUGACCUCCUGCUUUCAUAUAGGAGAUGAAGGAUUGAUUAGGUCAAUUACUUGGAGCCACCACCAGAUAGCAAAGCACCUUGCCAGUAUGGCCUCCUACAUCAAUAUAGGAAAGAAGGAUGGAUUGUUUCCAUCACUUGGAGCCACCACCAGAUAGCCUUGCGUCUAGCAAAUAUGGCCUCCUAGAAUGCUAUAGGAGAGGAAGGAUGGAUUAGUUCCAUAAUUUGGAACCACCACCAGAUAGCAUAUCGCCUGGCUAAUAUGGCCUCCUACAUCAAUUAAGGAGAGGAUGGAUUGGUUCCAUUAUUUGGAGUCACCACUAGGUAGAAUAGCAGCUGGCCAAUAUGGCCUCCUACACUGUCAUAGGAGAGGAAGGAUGGAUUAGUUUCAUCACUUGGAGCCACCACCAGAUAGCCUAGCACAAGCCAAUAUGGCCACCUGCAUCAAUAUAGGAGAAGAUGGAUUGAAGCCAUCACUAGAUAGAGUAGCAACUGGCCAAUGUGGCCUUCUACAUCGGUAUAGGAGGUGAAAGAUGGAUUGGUUUCAUAAUCUGAUGCUGCCACCAGAUAGAAUAGCAGCUGGCCAAUGUGACCUUCUACAUUGAUAUAGGAGGGGAAGUAUGGAUCGGUUCCAUCACUUGGAGCCACCACCAGAUAGCUGAGGGUCAGUUGUGAGGCUUUGAAGACACCAGUGACUGAGCUUGGUUGCUGGUGCAGAAUAUUCUAAUUGACUUACCAGUCGAUCAUUCUCAUUCAUUCAGCUGCAGAUGGUUAUGCUCACCUUUUCCAUCUUCCACUACUGUUGUUCUGACAUGGUCCCUGCAGUGCUCCACUUUCUGCUCUGGUCCCGAUAUGGCAGGAAAUGGAUGUGAAUGCCAUUCAGCCAAUGCCAUUCAGGAAGUGGAGCACAGUGUCGAUCGGGCACUGUUAACAAUAGUAAUGGCAGCGGAUAGGUGAGUUUUAAAAAAUUCGAAUGGAUCACCGCUUUAAGUUGCCCAUACUAUUAGCCGAAAGCUAUAUUGUCUGACCCCCCUCAUACAUAUGCAUGCUUGGCUGAUGCACAUACGUGUUUUCAAUGGCAAGAGAGCAGAAAGUCGCUGUCCGACUCUCCUGGGGCGGCUUUAUCUCCCAGGACAGGCAUGGCCAACCUGCAGCUCUCCAGCUGUUGUAAAACUUCAACUCCCACCAUGCCCUGCUGUAGGCAGUCUGGGCAUGCUGGGAGUUGUAGUUUUGCAACAGCUGGAGAGCAUCAGGUUGGCCAUCCCUGUCCCAGUAGAACAAAAAGCACUAAAAUGCAAUACACUCGAUCUGCAUGGAGAUCCCCAUACACAUAAGAUAGCGGGUGGGCCCCAACAAAAUUGAUACCUUCUGAUGACGAUAAUCUAAUGUGUAUAGGGAUCUUCAGCUGUAUCCACCCUCCAGUCCUCCAUGAUUUCUGCUUGCGCCUCCAGUAGACAUAUUAGACACACUUCUGUAUAAUUCCAGUUCCUCCCGCUGUAUUGUGCGUUGUGCUCUUCAGCUCUCAACCCCCCCCCCUCCUGUAUAUUGCAUAGACUGGGGAUAUCACUGACUUUUAAUAACAUUUUGGCUGCACAUCUGGCUUCUACGCCUUCAUCUUUAUAUAUUUUAUUUAUCACCAUUCACUUCAGUCUAGUGGACGUUAACUAUACCUUCACUGUGCCGUGUUAUAAGGAUUUCCAGGACUGAAAAAAAUAAAAUUCUGGAACAAACAGCGCCACGCCUGUCCAUGGGUUGUGUCUGGAAUUGCAGCUCUGCUCUGUUGAACUGGAGGAGCUGCUGUUUGUAUAAGAAAUCAGCCAUGGUCACCAAUUUUAGACAUUACACCCAAUGGGACUACUGAAUUAUAAGAACCAGGCAGGUUUUAGUGUAAGGGGAGACUUCCACCUUCUGAGGGACCAUGGUCUCCCGGUCAUCAGCUUGAGUACUUUCUUAGAACAUUGUCUCCCAGUCAUCAGUUUCUGUACUUCCUGAGAAAACAUGGUCUCCCAGUCAUCAUCUUGUGAACUUUGUGAGAGAACAUGCUCCGGUGGUAAUCAGCUUGUGCACUUUCUGAGAGAACAUGGUCUCCUGGUCAUCAUCUUGUGCACUUUCUGAGAGAACAUGGUCUCCUGGUCAUCAUCUUGUGCACUUUCUGAGAGAACAUGGUCUCCUGGUCAUCAUCUUGUGCACUUUCUGAGAGAACAUGGUCUCCUGGUCAUCAACUUGUGCACUUUCCGAGAGAACAUGGUCUCCUGGUAAUCACCUUGUGCUCUUUCUGAGAUAACAUGGUCUCCUGGUAUUUAGCUUGUGCACUUUCUGAAAUAACAUGGUCUCCUGGUCAUCAUCUUUUGCACUUUCUGAGAAAAUGUGGUCUCCUGGUCAUCUGUGCACUUUCUGAGAGAACAUGGUCUCCUGGUAAUCACCUUGUGCACUUUCUGAGAUAACAUGGUCUCCUGGUAUUUAGCUUAUGCACUUUCUGAAAUAACACAUGGUCUCCUGGUCAUCAUCUUGAGCACUUUCUGAGAAAAUGUGGUCUCCCGGUCAUCUGUGCACUUUCUGAGAGAACAUGGUCUCCCGGUCUUCUGUGCACUUUCUGAGAGAACAUGGUCUCCUGGUAAUCAGCUUGUGCACUUUCUGAGAGAACAUGGUCUCCUGGUCAUCAUUUUGUGAACUUUCUGAGAGAACAUGGUCUCCUGGUCAUCAUCUUGUGCACUUUCUGAGAUAACAUGGUCUCCUGGUCCUCAUUGUGUGCACUUUCUGAGAAAACGUUAUCUCCCGGUCAUCUGUGCACUUUCUGAGAGACCAUGGUCUCCUGGUAAUUACCUUGUGCACUUUCUGAGAGAACAUGGUCUCCUGGUAUUUAGCUUGUGCACUUUCUGAGAGAACAUGGUCUCCUGGUCAUCAUCUUGUGCACUUUCUGAGAGAACAUGGUCUCCUGGUAAUCACUUUGUGCUCUUUCUGAGAUAACAUGGUCUCCUGGUCCUCAUCGUGUGCACUUUCUGAGAAAACGUUAUCUCCCGGUCAUCUGUGCACUUUCUGAGAGAACAUGGUCUCCUGGUAAUCACCUUGUGCACUUUCUGAGAGAACAUGGUCUCCUGGUAUUUAGCUUGUGCACUUUCUGAGAGAACAUGGUCUCCUGGUCAUCAUCUUGUGCACUUUCUGAGAGAACAUGGUCUCCUGGUAAUCACUUUGUGCACUUCCUGAGAUAACAUGGUCUCCUGGUCCUCAUCGUGUGCACUUUCUGAGAAAACGUUAUCUCCCGGUCAUCUGUGCACUUUCUGAGAGAACAUGGUCUCCUGGUAAUCACCUUGUGCACUUUCUGAGAGAACAUGGUCUCCUGGUAUUUAGCUUGUGCACUUUCUGAGAGAACAUGGUCUCCUGGUCAUCAUCUUGUGCACUUUAUGAGAGAACAUGGUCUCCUGGUAAUCACUUUGUGCUCUUUCUGAGAUAACAUGGUCUCCUGGUAUUUAGCUUGUGCACUUUCUGAGAUAACGUGGUCUCCCAGUCAUCUGUGCACUUUCUGAGAGAACAUGGUCUCCCGGUCAUCUGUGCACUUUCUGAGAGAACAUGGUCUCCCGGUCAUCUGUGCACGUUCUGAGAGAACAUGGUCUCCUGGUCAUUAUCUUGUGCACUUUCUGAGAUAACGUGGUCUCCCGGUCAUCUGUGCACUUUCUGAGAGAACAUGGUCUCCUGGUCAUCUGUGCACUUUCUGAGAGAACAUGGUCUCCCGGUCAUCUGUGCACUUUCUGAGAGAACAUGGUCUCCUGGUAAUCACCUUGUGCUCUUUCUGAGAUAACAUGGUCUCCUGGUAUUUAGCUUGUGCACUUUCUGAGAUAACGUGGUCUCCCGGUCAUCUUCAUCUGUGCACUUUCUGAGAGAACAUGGUCUCCCAGUCAUCUGUGCACCUUCUGAGAGAACAUGGUCUCCUGGUCACCAGCUUGUUUGUCAAAUUUUGCUGCUGAGCUUUUUGUAUAUGGUGAAGUCUCGUAGAAAUGAUCGUGUGAUUAAACUCAUGAUAUAAA